CAGCACUUAUCAUUUAUCACUCAUGUCGAGAGAAAUAAAAAAUUCUUCAAAAAUUUUGUUGAAAGAUAUCAAACAACAAGAAAGACGUAAAAAUCUGUACAUUGAUUUUUCAUAUGUUAGCAAAAAUUUACCCUCUCUAUCCCCAUUUGGUAGUUCACUAAGUUCGAAAAAUAAAAAUCCAUAUGCCACUGGGAAAUUAACUCUUUCUCCAGAAUUAAUAUUUGAAUUUAAAACUGAAGACCUUAAAGAUUUAGGGGAAAUAGGUAGAGGAUCAUAUGGUGCUGUAAACAAGAUGCUGCAUUUAAAAAGUGGAACAAAGAUGGCUGUUAAAAGGAUUAGAUCAACUAUUAAUGAUAAAGAACAAAAUCAAAUACUAAUGGAUCUUGAAGUUGUAAUGAAGAGCAAUGAAUGUCCUUAUAUAGUCAAAUUUUAUGGCGCACUUUUUAAAGAAGGGGAUUGUUGGAUAUGCAUGGAAUUAAUGGAUACCUGCCUUGACAAAUUUUAUAAACAUGUUUACAACUCCUUGAAUUCUCAUAUACCUGAAGACAUUAUUGGCAAAAUAACAUUUGAUACCCUGUUAGCGUUAAAUUACCUGAAGGAGAGGCUAAAAAUUAUUCAUCGAGAUAUUAAACCGUCCAACAUUCUCCUAGACCAAUAUGGUAACGUAAAGCUAUGCGAUUUUGGCAUAUCCGGAAAACUGGUAGAUUCUAUUGCUAAAACCAGGGACGCGGGUUGUAGGCCUUAUAUGGCGCCAGAAAGAAUAGAUCCUAGUUGUCCCAAGGGUUAUGGUGUCAGGUCCGAUGUAUGGAGUUUGGGUAUAACACUUUUAGAGGUGUGUAUUGGGACGUUCCCUUAUCCCAAAUGGAAUAGCGUUUUUGAACAAUUAGCUCAGAUCGUUCACGGGGAUGCUCCAAAAUUAAGUAAUUCCUCACGCCAAACAUUAGCACACACGAUUAAUUACGAAAAUAUUGACACCAAAGGGAUCGAUAUCAGCUCUAAACAUUGGUUUUCCGAAGAUCUCAUUGAUUUCGUUAAUUCAUGGUUUUUUCUUGAUCAAGGAUGAAAACCAAAGGCCUAAAUACAAUGUUUUACUGAAACACCCCUUCGUUAUCAAAUACCAAACAUGCAAUGUCGAUGUUGCAUCGUACGUUACUCCUAUCUUAUUGAAUAUGAAGGAAAAUUGAAAAUUUCUAACAAAGUUCCAUUUUGUUAUAUAUUUUAAAAUAAGAUUGGAAAUAAUUCUCUUUAUAUUAUAUUAUAUUUAAUUUUUUUUAAAUAAUAUGUUACUUUUAUACCUUUUUAAGAUAUAUAUAUCUUUUUUUAAUCCAUAACAAAUUAAUGUGCAAUUUUUCUUGAUUUAUAAUUAGCAGGGAAAACUAAUCACAUUUAUUAUAUUCACAUUCUUAUUAGCCGCUGUGACAUGUAUCGUAUAUUUGACUAAAACUAGACCAUUCAAUUCCCCUCUCCCAAUUUCAAUAUUAUUUAGGACUUAUUUAAAAAUUAUGUGAUGACCAAAUUUUCAAUUACAAUAUUUUUUUAAAAAAUUUUUUAAUUUUCACAAAACAUUUUAUUUUCAAAAAAUUAUAAUUACAUUCCUUUAAAAAAAAGUAGUCAUAAUAUAAUAUAUGAAUUUUAAUUAAUUUUUUUUUAUAAGAUCUUGUCAUUUGCUUAAGCAUUAAUAUCCUUUCACCUAUUAAAAAAAUUCUAAUUAUUGUCAAUUA